AUGCAUGAGAAGAACCAGACGUGGGUCAGUGAGAUUGUUCUCUUGGGGUUUCAGAAUCUCCACAACUUCAAGGUUCCCCUGUUCUCUCUGUUCCUUCUGAUUUACAUUCUGACAGUUUGGGAGAACAUCCUCAUCAUAGUGUUGGUGGCCUUCAGCCGGAACCUCCACUCCCCCAUGUACUUAUUUAUACAACAACUGUCUGUGUCUGACCUCAUGCAGUCCACAAACAUUGUCCCCACCCUUCUCCUGACUAUAAUGAAUGAAGGGGCCGCAGUGCGGCUAGUUGCAUGUAUAACACAAUUGUGUUGUUUUGGUGGCUUGGAAACAUUGCAAUGUCUUCUUCUCUCAGUAAUGUCCUAUGACAGAUAUGUGGCCAUCUGCAUCCCUCUGAGAUACACUUCUAUCAUGUCCCACAGGGUUUGUGUUUCAUUAAUUUUCAUAUCAUGGCUGCUUGGUCUUAUCAUAACAUUCAAUACUGGAAAUGCCGUACACUCACUCCAAUUUGGUAAUCAAAAUUCUAUUGACCAUUUUUUUUGUGAUUUCUUUCCUUUUGUUGAACUUUCCUGCUCCAACACUUUCUUCUUCCAUAUAGAAGUAAUAUUAGGUUCUGUCCCUGUAGUUUUCUUCCCCUUUAUACUCAUCAGUGUAUCAUAUAUGUGUAUUGCCCAUGCAAUCCUAAAGAUAGUGUCCCAUACCGGGAGGCAAAAAGCCUUCUCCACCUGCAGCUCCCACUUGGCCGUGGUCUCCAUGUUUUAUGGGACUCUCAUUGCUAUUUAUGUGGUUCCCCCCAGGAAAGAAUCACAGACCACAAGCAAAGUUCUCUCCCUGUUAUACACAGUUGUGAUUCCUUUGGUUAACCCAGUUAUUUACAGUUUAAGAAGUAAAGAUAUCAAGGAUGCCCUUAAGAAAUUAUUAGUAGGUUAUUGCUCACAACUUGACACAUAUGGGGUUGUAAAGCAAAUAUAA